ACGACGUCGAGCUACCGGCGCGCGGGCACAUCCCGCCUGUACCUAGAGAGUCCAAUCCGCAACCACCAUGAUCAACCCCACCUAUCUCGCCCAGCGCACGCGCUCGUCCGUCAACUGGAACGAUGCCAAGUUCCGCGUGCUGAAGUCCUACCGCGAGUGGCUGCGCGCCGCCCCCGAGAUCCAGCAGAUGUACUCCCUGAGCAUGCCCGUCUCGCAGAUCAGGACCAAGGUCCGCCAGGAGUUUGAGAGGCACCGCUACGUCUCGCAGCUGCAGGCCGUCGAUGUCCUGCUCUUCAACUCGCACUCCGAGUUCCAGGAGACUCUCAACUACUGGAAGCAGUUGACGCACGUCCUGAAGUACUUCAGGGCAGAGGAGGACUCCAGGACCAAGCUGCCCCACAACUUCAUCAGCGGUUUCCUCGAGGGUCGCAACUAAGCCUGCUUUUUCCGACGCCCUGUACAUAUGCAAUACCAAAGUUUUCUCUUUUCCUUGCAGCGCCGUAGCAACAUGCACUUGACCUAAUGCUCCAUGAACGCCUGCUA